AUGGCUUCCGUGCGAUAUAUAAAAGAGAAAAAGAAUUUCCUUGUAUUUAUUCGGUUUGGCGCCUCUCGUUUCUCACUCAAAUGUUCUGAGACAGAGAGAGAGAGAGAGAGAGAGAGAAUAGGCGAGAGCACAAAAUUAGUGGGCAUGGAAGAAUCCUUGGAUUUCGAGUUUGAAGAUCCGAUAAUUUCUUCCCCUGUUGUCACUAACAAAAGGAAGAAGGUUAUUGGGUUGGAUGAACUUUUGGCCGAUUUUUAUAACGAGAAAAUCAAGAAUGUGGAGAAGGAGUCUAAGCGGGCAAAGGCUCCAAAAAAGUGCAUUUUUGAUGAAGAACAGGACGCUAGAGAAGCUUCUUUGUCUAAACUUGUUGAUGAGUGUCAAACCCAGAUUAUAGAAAUGAGUGCUGAAGAAGAUAGCUCAUUGUGGGGCAUUCAGCUUUUCCAAGGCCAGAAAUCCCCACCUCCUCUAGUUACUCCACCGGAAAGUUGUAGCCUUUUGCAGUCUUUCAUGAAUAAUGAUCUCAAUUCUCUCGUUGAAAUUUCUUCUAAAAGUGGAGACCCUUUCAUCGAAGGAUUACUAGUGAAUGGCUGGCUUUUGAAAGUGGUUCUCACAUGUGGUCAUGUAGAAGAGUCAAUAGCCACAUGGACCUUUAAUUUGAUGUUAUAUUCAUCAAAAGAAGGGUUGAGAGCAUCUGCAUGUCAAUUCUGGAGUGCCAUUCUCGAGCCUAGGGAAGAGCCCAUCAAAAUAGAUUGGUUCCCUAACUAUUCUGAUCUAAGAAAAGCUCUUGAAGUUUAUGGAUUUCUCUUCUUGCCUGACAUGGGAGAUUCUAAUGCCCAUUCAAGUUAUGGAAGGCCAGCUCAAAAUAUUAGAUUUUGGAUCAAAUUUGUAACUAUUUCUUGUGAAGUGAGGUGCAAGUGGUCUGUGUGUUCAACCUCAGAGGCUGAAGAGUUAACUGGGAUCAUUAUUUCUUUCUUUGUGGAUCGCCAGCUUCAAGGCCUGUCGGUGCUUUUAUAUGAAUGCAUGGAAGCAGUUAUCAGUUACUUUACGGACAAGGAAUGGAAAGCCAGCUGUGAGAAAAUAGCAAAAUCUAUUGCACGGAGAGUACCUAAAGACUUGAACUGCACAAGAAUAGUGGAGUCCAUUUCAGGAGUUGACGAUCGCAGUAAGCAUCUUAGAAGUGCAGUUGCCUAUCAAAUUCUUCUUGGUUGCUUUGAUUAUAAGGCUGUUGAUGAUGAGGUCCUAAGAUUGCUCAUCGCUAUUAAUCUGAAAGAGAAAAAGUGCGAUAUUUUCAAAAUGUACAUUUACUUGGUUUUGACAGAGAAUUGGCUUUUGUCUACUAAACUCUUAGAAGACAAACCAGUCUUGAAAGAAAUGUGGCGUCUAUAUCUGAGAAACUGUUCCUGUCUGAUCAGCAGCACAGAUUUUAGGUCUUUUGCUUCAAAGGUCCGCGACAAGGCUUCCUUUCUUCUACAAGGAGACACCAAAAUGCAACAUACAUAGGGAAAAAAAAAAAAAAAGAAGAAUGAAGAAAGUUACAAAUAGGAUGCAUAUACUCGUUUGUUUUAUUGGAAAUAUUUAGUAUUUGAUUUUGUGAAUUUCUUUUGUGCCCUCUUAACGAGGGUCCUUCCUCACCGUUAGCGAUCUUGUUUAAGGAUGCGAUAAACAUGCCUAAUUACUGCAGUUUCAUCUAUUUGUCUCAGAAUUUGCCGUUCCGUUUGAACACCUGCAAACUCUGAAGGUACCUUGGUGCUUAAGGAGACUAACGGCUAGAAAUUUGAUCAGCAGAGAUAAUAUUUUAUUUCCUC